UUUUAAAAGUUUUGGGUAUCAAAAAGUAAUUAAAAUUUUGGAUUGGAUGGAAAAAUAGACAGAUGCACGUUUUGACAACUUUAAUGGUACCAGAUACUCUAUUCAAAGUUAAGUGGUAUAUCUACUCCAAUUCUCAAACUUAAGUGGCACCCGACCGGAGGUAUUAUAUAUAUAUAUAACCAUCCAACUUUGGCCAAUGGGUAGGCUAUUGUGCUGUUAAAAAAAAAGGGUAGGCUAUUGUGCCACUUCAAAAUUGGCAGCGGAAAUGGAGCUCAGCUUCUCCAAAACCCUAAACCCCACCUUCAACCCCUCUCUUCUAUCCGCGAAAACCCGGACUCUAACAGCUUCUUACUCCUCCUUUCUCCCAAUAAUCUGUCUAUCUCUUCAAGACCGAGCCUGGCGAAAUGCAUCUCAAAGGCGAGAAGUCCGGGCAUUCGCCGGCCGGAGCAAGAAGAAACCAGGGGGGCCGUCCACUGGCCGAAUUGAAGGGAACGCGGAGGUCCGCCGGAAAAUCAAGCAGAGCGCGCGACGGAAAACUUGGAAGAUAGCAGAGUCCAACUUCUACAAGCUCAAGGGUUCCCACAACAACCACCCGGACAACUUCACCGAGGACGAGCUCAACAUGAUGGGGCUCGGGUACGAUCGGAUGGUCCGGUUCAUGGACAAGGACGAUCCCAAUCUGAAGCACCCGUACGACUGGUACAAGUACGGAGAGUUCGGUCCUUACUCAUGGCGUGGGGUAGUCAUCGGGGAGCCCAUCAGAGGGACGAUUACUGAUGAAUGCGUUACCAUGUACAGCGAGACGAAGAGCCAGGAGGAUUGGGAGCAUAUAGAGCAGCAUGAUAUGAACGUGGAUUUCGGCCAGAGGCUAGAUGAAUUGGACAAAGAUGUCGGCCUUAGAAGGUACUGGGUGUUUGUGAGGCACCCUAGGUGGAGAUUGAGUGAGCUUCCAUGGCAGCAGUGGACAUUGGUGAGUGAGAUUGUGGUUCAAGCAAGCAAAGAGCAGAGGGUGGAUAAGUGGAAUUUGAUGGGGAGGUUAGGCAACAAAGCUCGGAAAUUGAUUGCCCGAUGUGCUAGCUGGUUCAGGCCCGAUAUCGUGUACGUGAAAAGACCUGUUUUCCAGUGUAGAUUUGAGCCCCAGGAAGAGUUUCUCAAAGCUCUGGUGCCACUUUUGGACCCUGAAACAGAGAAGGAUUGCUUGUUUGAGCUGAAAAGUGAAGAUGGAGCAGCUACUUUUGUGACGUAUUUCGAAGGGUUGUGCAAGAUUGUGAGGAUUAACCAGAAGGCAUAUGUGGAUGAUGUGGUGAAGGCUUUUGAGAAGUUGAGUGAUGAGAGGAAAUUGGGAUGUUUGGAAUUCCUCUUAAAGAAUCAUCCUUUACAGCUGUUGCAUCCUUACACAAAAGAAUGGAAGGCCAAGUUAGAGGAGAUGGAACUGGGAUGUGAUGCACCAGAUGAAGGGGAGGAAAAAGAUGGGAACUAUAAUGAUACAAAUGAUCUAGAGUUCACUGAAUGGAUAGAAGAUGAUAGCGAGGAUACGAUUAUGGAGAUGGAAGAUGGAGCUCAUGAAUCGGAUGAAGGAGAUGAUGAGUCUGCUGAAGAAGAAGAGGAGGAAGAAGAAGAAGAUGACGAUGAGGAGGAGGAGGAGGAGAAUCCAAACUAUUGGGAGGAGAAAUUUCGCAAAGCAGUGAGUAGUGGAGAAGCAAUGGAGGAGAUUGUGAAAGAGAGUGUGAAGAGGACUAAUGCACUCUACAGUAGGCAGCUGAAAUCCAUGGAACCUCAGGCAAGUGAAGAGGCAAGUGACGAGGAUGAUGAAAAAGUAGAUGGAGUUGGAGAUGAGAGGUCCCUCAGAGGAGUGAGAGCCAAAGUUAGUGCAGAAGAAUGGAAGAUUGCUGGAAUUGGUAGAUGGAGGAAGAGGAUUAAGAAGAGUAAAAUUCCUCCUGAACUGUUCUUGAGAGCCGCAGUUAGGCCAUUUACUUACAGGAAUCUUGUUAAGGAGAUCGUGUUAACAAGGCAUGCCAUAUUGGAUGGUGAAAUUGGCAGGAGAAAGAACUGAGAAAUUGCGUCAUUUCUGUUCGUUGGUGUUGGAAUAUAAUACAAAUGGAUGU